AUGUCAGUGUCCCACGACCCUCAACCUCCAUAUCCUUUGCAUGCCUCGGUCAAGGACAAGCUGGAUCCUGAAUAUGUCGAGUUCUACAACAAGCACGUAAUCAAUCUGCAGCAGGUUCACCUCCAACCGGUGAGUGCGUCGCGAACAAGCGGUGUUCUGAUCCCGGGUGGUGGCCCUCUGCUCGAAGUGGGAAACACGCAGGAUAUCGCCAUCAAACGGAGAGCCACUGAUGGCCCGGAUAUCAACAUUCGCUGCUUCACACCUAGUGGAGAGACACCGGCCGGUGGCUGGCCGGUAAUGCUAUACUUCCAUGGUGGUGGAUGGGUGUUGGGCAAUAUCGACACUGAGAAUGUCGUGUGCUCGAAUCUCUGCAAGAGAGGCAACUGUGUUGUCGUGACUGUAGAUUAUCGACUGGCCCCCGAGAAUCCCUUCCCAGCCGCCGUCCAUGACUGCUGGGAAGCACUCCUCUGGCUGAUCUCCGACGGCGUCUCAGCUCUCUCCAUCGACACGUCCAAAAUGGCCACAGGGGGCUCAUCAGCAGGCGGAAACCUCGCCUCUAUCAUCACCCACAAGGCUCUAGCUCUCUCCCCACCCGUUCACUUUCUGACACAGCUCCUCUCUGUCCCAGUGAUGGAUAACACGGCCACGGUGGCGAACAAUGAAGCGUAUCGUCUCUAUGAGAACACACCAGCCUUGCCCGCGGCCAAAAUGAUCUGGUAUCGAGACCAUUACCUACCUAACGAGGCUGAUCGGGUGAACCCAGAGGCUAGUCCGCUGUUCUACAGUGAUGACUGGUCCCUAUUACCUCCAGCAUUGAUCAUGGUUGGAGAGUUGGACGUGCUGCGGACCGAAGGCGAGCAGUAUGGGGAGAAGCUCCGUAAGGCUGGCGUUGAGGUGGAUUUACAGGUGAUGAAGGGAAUGCCUCAUCCUUUCCUUGCUAUGGAUGGAGCUCUCAAGGAAGGCAAACGGUCGAUUACGUUGAUGUGUGAUGCUCUGCUGAAGGCAUUCUGGACCAAGCCCUAG